AUGGAGCGCCAUUCUCGUGUUGAAUGUGCUCGUGUUCUUACUAGUGGUGCAAGUAGGCAGCUACAGUCGCGGUGGGACUCGCUAGCGCCAAUCGGGAUUGAGCGAAAGUCAUACAAUGUUACUUCCACUUGUGACUUUCUACGCGAUCGCACCGCAGGUUGUACCUCCUCUGCAUCAAGGAACAAACGAUGUAGGACAGCCCGAAUGAAACCUUCUAUGGGUGCGUAUUCGAAGACUGACUCCCGGAGAAGCUCAUGGCAUCGCUCCAGAGGUCAUGCGAUGUCCUUCGAACAACCAAGUCACAACAACCAGGUCUUAUGA